CUUUACUCUCCUAACAUCCGUCUUCCGGUUAUGGGCAACAUGGUUGUGGAGGUGUAACUGUGUCCAUCUGCCUGCUUAUUCGCUUCUGUUGAAGAGCGUUUGUCACGUUGACAGCUAUAAUUAAAUCAAGUAAUAUAUUUAUCAAGCAGCCCAGCGGUCAAAAUGAAUAUACGCAACGCACGGCCAGAGGAUUUGAUGAACAUGCAGCACUGCAACCUGCUGUGUCUUCCAGAGAACUAUCAGAUGAAGUACUACUUCUACCACGGCCUGUCCUGGCCACAGCUGUCAUACAUAGCAGAGGAUGAGAACGGGAAGAUAGUUGGAUAUGUUUUGGCAAAAAUGGAGGAGGAUCCUGAUGAUGUGCCUCAUGGACACAUUACAUCACUGGCCGUUAAACGCUCUCACAGGCGUCUUGGACUGGCUCAAAAACUGAUGGAUCAAGCCAGCAGAGCCAUGAUUGAGAACUUUAAUGCCAAAUAUGUGUCUUUGCAUGUCAGGAAGAGUAACCGGGCCGCACUUCACUUGUACUCAAACACGCUUAAGUUUCAGAUUAGUGAAGUAGAGCCCAAAUAUUAUGCCGAUGGAGAAGAUGCUUAUGCCAUGAAGAGGAAUCUCACACAGAUGGCAGAUGAGGUAUGGAGCGGUGCAGUUAUACAUAAUUAUGUGAUGCCAAAUACAGCUUUUCCCCUCAAUUUAAAUUUCCCAAAUUGUAACCUGAUCCUCUACACCCACUGAACAGAUGUGGAUUGAAUAACACAGGCACAUUUUCACUUUAAAUCUUCUGGAAACGGCCCACACAUACUCCAUUCUCUCCACCUGGAUUUCUCCAUUAGGACUGUAACGUUAGUCAUGGCUGCUGUAUCUUUGCUGAACUCCGAAGGG